ACAACCCCCGGCUUUUAAACACAAGAUGUGCUCGAUUUAGUACACGGACUGUCCCGACAAGGCAGACACGCGUUGUUUUUCCCUAUUGCCGAGCAGGCGGGGACAGUUACAGGGUGUUGUGGACAAGUGACUGCAAUACACAGUGUCCGCGGCACCCAUGUUACAUUCCCCACCCACCCUGCGCCUGCUCUGUGAGCAAACCGAGGCGUAUAAACGCACAAUCCAAGCUAGCUUGUGUUUAGAGGCGUUUGUGCACUGAGCGGCUGUAGCUUAGCGCAGCAUCCGGUUAGUUAGCCCGUGACUCGCGUAUCAUAACGAAACUAUGAAAAUUUGCAUGUGGAAGUAAUACCGAGUGCCUCGGUCGACCAGCGAUACAGCGGAAAGUUUUUAUUUUGUAAAGGAAAGAAAAAAUGUUUUAACGGUGGUAUAGCGGCGCGUAUGUUUUAGCCUGCUAGUGCUAGCUGAGUAGCAGGGUGGCUAACUGGAGCACAGGACCCGGCUUGUCAGCAGACAGACAGACCUGAUCUAAGUGUAGAUAUUCGUACAUUUAAAGCAAUGGAUUGUGACCCGGGAACAACCUCUGAGCGGAUUCUGCUGGAGCCAUACAAGUACUUGUUGCAACUGCCAGGAAAGCAAGUGAGGACAAAACUCGCCCAAGCAUUCAACCACUGGCUCAAUGUUCCCGACGACAAACUGCAGGUGAUCAUUGAGGUGACGGAGAUGCUGCACAACGCCAGCCUGCUCAUUGAUGACAUAGAGGACAGCUCCAAGCUGCGGCGUGGUUUCCCUGUGGCCCACAGCAUCUACGGCAUUCCCUCCGUCAUCAACUCAGCCAACUACGUCUACUUCCUGGGAUUGGAGAAGGUGCUAACCCUGGAGCAUCCCGAGGCCGUCCAAAUGUUUACCCAGCAACUACUAGAGCUGCACCGUGGCCAGGGCCUGGACAUCCACUGGAGGGACACCUACACUUGUCCCACCGAGGAGGAGUACCGCAACAUGGUGCUGCAGAAAACUGGGGGGCUCUUUGGUUUGGCUGUGGGCCUGAUGCAGCUCUUCUCCGAUUGGAAACAAGACCUGAAACCGCUCCUGAACACGCUUGGUCUCUUCUUCCAGAUCCGCGAUGACUACGCCAACCUGAGCUCCCGCGAGUACAGCGAGAACAAAAGCUUCUGCGAGGACCUCACCGAGGGCAAGUUCUCUUUCCCCACCAUUCAUGCCAUAUGGUCGCGUCCAGAGAGCACCCAGGUGCAGAACAUCCUGAGGCAGCGCACGGAGAACAUGGACAUAAAAAAGUACUGUGUGGACUACAUGGAGAAGAUCGGCUCGUUUGCCUACACCCGUCAGACACUGCGGGACCUGGAGAUCGAGACGUACCGUCUCAUCGAGCAGUGUGGGGGGAACCCUCAACUGGAGAGCCUGGUCACACACCUCAGCAAAAUGCAUCACAAGGCUGAAGCAACGGCAGAGGCCAGUCCUGAGCCGCACUCCAGCGAAAACCACUGACCUCAUCCAGCUGUCACUGCUGCAGUACCCACAUACUGACCCUGCACACUCCACUAACACACAAGCUUCACUGACAACACUGAUGCAGACAUACAAAUUCCUAAGAAAGCACAACACACAUAUUAAUGUUUAAUUUUACGAGUCACAAUCAUAAAAGUAUGACACAUGAAUUCUAGUGGACUGCUUUGACUGCAUUCAGGAGCAGUCCCAAAUGUUGCCUUUAUCUUCUGUGCUAAACAGCAUCCUCCAAGUGUUGCUUAAGAAAGUACUCAUCACCAAUUUUUAUAUUCAUGUGUAUCUGCGCUGUCAAUGUAAUCAAAAUACAAAAGAACUUCCUACACUGAAGUUUGCUUCUCAUGAAAAUGAAAAAAGCUUGAGAGCCUUGAUAUGAGCGAUACAGUGCAUAUAAAUGUAUUUUCUCAUGUUUUGCCACCAAAUUAAAAGUGUGAAGUGUAUGUAGCGCAGAGUGAAUGCUGGGUGUGUUAUUUAAGAUACGAUUGGAUGGAUGGAUGUGUCGAGCGUAUGAUGUGUGAUUUGCGGAUAAUCGUGAAGCCACCAGAGUGCCAAUCCCGUGGAAAAGACCUGCAAGUCGAUCGUCUACUUGUGAUGUAACAUGUUGGUAUUAUAUUCAAAGUAGCACUCAAGUUGUUUUUGCUCGGCUGUUUACGAAUACAGUGUUGAGGCUUUGGUCUAUUGUUCAGAUUCAGCGCAGCUCUUCACAUCUCCAAUGUUUGGAAUGAGGACUUUGUGCUGUUGUUCUUUGCAUCUCUUGAAUAAAAAACAACAUUUAAGAAUAA